GUUCUAUUCACCUCACGCAUUUCGAUUACCGUUCACCGAUAAAACCAAAUCCUUCUAUCUAUCUAACAAUGGCUGCCAAUCAAACCGCAGUGGAUAACGGCGACGCCACCGCCGCCCCCAACACCGACUCGACCACCAAAUCCUCCGUCUACCUCCAAGACAUGGACGAGCUCAAGCGCGUCUUCAGCCGCUUCGACGCCAACGGCGACGGCAAGAUCUCCGUCAACGAGUUGGACAACGUCCUCCGCACGCUCGGAUCCGGCGUCCCGCCGGAGGAACUCCAGCGCGUCAUGGACGACCUCGACACCGACCACGACGGCUUCAUUAACCUCUCCGAGUUCGCCGCCUUCUGCCGCUCCGACACCACCGACGGCGGAGACACCGAGCUCCGCGACGCCUUUAACCUCUACGACCAGGACAAGAACGGCCUCACCGCCUCGGAAUGAGGUGCUCCGUCGAUGAAUGCCACAACAUGAUCAAAUCCGUGGAUUCCGACGGUGACGGCAACGUCAACUUCUCGGAGUUCAAGCGUAUGAUGAGCAACAACCGCGCUAAUGCCAACAACGGCGAAUAGAUAAUAUAGAUUAGGCGCUUUGGAUUCGAAUUAACUAGCUAGGCACUUUCCAUAAUCUCUGAUUAAUAGAUCUGCAUCUGUUUCCGUUAGGCUCUGUUAUUACCUUUCUCCUCGUUUCGUAGCUUUGGCUUUUCUAUAAAUAAUUAGAAUCGUGCUUAAUCACUGCGCAGAAUUAGAAUUAGAAAAUCUAAUUGAAAAUUUGAAUUCCUAUAGGGAAUAAUAAUAUAAUACUGUUUACGUUUUCCA